AUGAGGAUCGAAGAGGUCACUUCGCUUCAACAUGCGCAGCGUGUGGCAUCUCACAGCCACAUCAAGGGCCUCGGACUCUUGCCCGACGGAUCGGCCAAAGAUAUCCAUAUGGGCAUGGUAGGACAACACCAGGCGCGAGAAGCGGCAGGGCUUAUCGUGGAACUCAUAAGGAAUAAACGCAUGGCUGGAAAGGCUCUGCUUCUAGCUGGGCCACCGGGCACCGGCAAGACCGCCAUUGCCAUGGCAAUUGCUCAGGAACUUGGCAGCAAAGUGCCGUUCUGUCCCAUGGUAGCUAGCGAGGUGUACUCCAGUGAAGUUAAAAAAACAGAAGUCCUCAUGGAAAACUUCCGCAGGGCCAUUGGGAUAAAGAUAAAGGAAGUAAAGGAAGUGUUUGAAGGGCAGGUGGUCAGCUUGACGGACGAGCCGGGCGACGGUUUCACUGCUCCUGAGAGUUCAUCACGGAGCGAUCCUCACGAGGAAACUCCUUGUCCUCCCGUGCGGAUCACACUGAAGACGAGCAAGGGCUCCAAAACACUGCGUCUCCACUCCAGCAUCAACCAGGGGCUGAAGAAGGAAAAAGUUGCAGUGGGAGACGUCAUUUAUGUCGAAGCCGCCACAGGUCAAGUGCGCCGGGUCGGGCGAAGUGAAGAAUUCGCCGGACAGUUCGAUUUGGAGGCUGACCAGUUUGUGCCAGUUCCCAAAGGCGACGUCCACAAGAAAAAGGAGGUCAUACAGGAUGUGACUCUCCACGAUUUAGACGCAGCCAACGCCAAGCCCUCUGGAGGCGCUCCGCUGGCUUCUCUCUUAGGACAUUUCUCCAAGCCGCGGAAGACGGAGAUUACAGAGAAACUCCGACAAGAAAUUAACAAAGUCGUCAAUAAGUAUCUUGACCAAGGCGUUGCUGAACUGGUGCCCGGGGUCCUGUUUAUUGAUGAGGUGCACAUGCUGGACGUGGAAUGCUUCACAUACUUAAACCGUGCUCUUGAAAGCCCUUUGUCGCCUGUCGUCGUCGUCGCCACCAAUCGGGGCGUCUGCACUAUACGGGGAACGGACGUCAUGAGCUCGCACGGGGUGCCUGUAGAUCUACUGGACCGCAUGUUAAUUGUCCGUACACAGCAGUACUCUAAGGAGGAAAUAAAAGAGGUUCUAGAUAUUCGCUGCCGUGCAGAAGGGCUGUCUUUAAGUCCUGACGCUGCCGAGGUGUUGGCGUCCGUCGGAGUCCGCACGUCGCUGCGCUACGCAGUGCAUCUCCUAACUCCCGCUGCCAUUCUGGCCCGGGCAGAUAUUACGGACGAAGGCUAUGACAACGCAGAGCCAGGCGAACCAGUCAUUCAGCUGCGGCAUGUCCAAGAAGUUGACUCUUUGUUCCAGGACGCAAAGACGUCCUCAAAACGCCUUGCAAGAGAGGCCGAUUUUUUCAUUCAGUAG